AUGGAUCUCCAGGCCGAGAACGCGACGUUGCGUGAGGCGCUACGGGUGCUCCAGGAGCGCUACGACCGUCUAAACGCCACAAGUGCAGAGCAGAUCCAAGACUUAACCGACGGGAAUGAAGUGCUGGCCGAAGCCAACCGCCUGUUGCUCGAGCAGCAGACGCCGCAUCCAAGUGCCAGUGUCCAGGACGUUCCAAGUCUUGUUCAGGUCCCAGAUGAGCUGCUACUGCCCGUUCGCGAGCCGUUAUUUCAGCCACUUGUGAUCCUUGACAAGGUCCACGCCUUUGGCAAUUUGUUAAGUGUGAGCGCUCAUGUGACGAGGUCCACGCUCGUGAUUACGGGCGGAGCAGACAAGUGCGUGGGCGUGCACGACUGGGAGAGGAAGAUGCAGCUCUGUGUGCAAGAGACCAGUGGCCCUGUGCUGGCUCUGGCAUUCAACCCGAAAGCAGAGUAUGCAGACUACUUUGUAGCUGCUGGGAUGGACGCUCGACAUGCGCUGUACAGAUUGGUGCAAGCAGGAGACGCGUGGCACGUCCAAGUGGUGGCUGAAUUUCAUGAGCACAGUCGACAGGGAGCGUUCCAAGUCGCGUGGAGUGCAUCGGGACUGCUCUUUGCAACGGGUGCUAGUGAUAAAGUGGUGAACGUGUAUCAGUGCUCGGGUCUAGUGGAAGGAGGUGGUGAGAGCGGCGGUGAGCAGUGUAAAAAGAUCAAGUCGUUCUACUUUAAUGGGACUAUUGAGGCGCUAGUGUUUGCUCCGGAUGCUGUGCUUGAGGAUAUGGAGGCUGGUCGAGAGAUGAGACAUGAACUGCUGCUUAUUGCUGUGCGAGACGACUGCUACGUGCAUUACGUCGACUGCAUUACGUUCGAAAAAGAGAGAGUAAACAUGAACCCAGACGGCAUCGAGCACGUGUCUUACACGAUCAUGGACCUGAGCUUAUCGCCCAGUGGCAAAUACUUGCUCGCAGCAACGGACUCGAACCGAAACUUUAUUUUUGCUGUUAAGCAAAAUGCAGCACUGCGGAACUUUUACGGACACAAGGCUGGUCCGUACAGCCAGCCGCGCGCUAUCUGGCAUCCGUCUGAAAAGUAUGUGAUCUCAAACAAUGAAGAUAGCGGAGCCAUCUUUGUGUGGUCUAUCGCUUCUGAGCGUGUUGUGAAGACGCUUGACGCCCACGACGGCUUGGUGAGAGAUCUUGCGUGUUUUUCGCCUCCGGUGUCGACUGGGCCACCACUGUUGAUAACCGUGUCGUACGAUAAGCGAAUGAAAGUGUGGGAACUACCUCUUGCCAAGGCAGAUGUCGGGACCAUGUAA